UAGAGCGAAAACAAAAUUUGUAGAAAACUCAUUUAAUAAUUUUACAGAAAUGGCAUCUGUAGGCGAUGGGAAAGUGAGUUUACGGAAAUUUGAGUACCCAAUGUGUGCAGUUGAGGCACUUACUCGAUUAGAAACUCUCAUUGCAAGCCGUAAUAAACAGAACCUGGCAAUGCAAAUUAUUUCGGAAUUUAUUUUUCUGGAACGUGCCAAAGAUGGAGAUGUGCGCAAAAUGCAAACAGUGGGGGGCAUCAGCCAAAUGAAUAUCUAUCAGGAAUUUCAAUUGAUUCUCGCCCUCAUUGACUAUUUUUCAAGGCCUGGCCGGGAUGACACUCGCAAUGCGAUAUUUCUCUCUCUGUUUGGUAGUCACUUGACCCCACAGCGUUCUAGGCUGCUAUCCAGAUUAAUUAGCACUGCGGUAUCGGGUUCGGUAGCCCCACUGCUUUCCUCGGCUGGCACAUGGAUGCAACAAGUUGGCUGCAAAACGCAGCCGAGCUUGGAGGUUGCUCAGAAUAUAGUGAGUGACUUCAUUUCGUUCUCGCGCAAAACUCCUGAGCAAUUGCGACAUCUUCCCUUGGUUGGUCCACACUUUGCAGCCAAUUUUAUGGUAGCCGUGGCCGAUCUAUACCUAAAUGAGAAGCGUGGCGGUGUUCUGACACCGCCACCAGAUGCGCUUCUGGAUGUCAUUACAGAGUGGACAACAGAGAAUCCGCAGCUCUGUCAGGCACCACAGCAGCCUCUUGUUCUACCUGCCGGCGCCAUUGCCAUGCCGUUUGCCACCCCGCUCGCCGGUUUGUUGCGCUGGGUCGUAUUGGCCCCAUUGGUCUCGAAUCGACAGGCUUAUAGCAAUCUGCAUUUAUCGUUGCUACACACACUACUGAAGACAGUUAACAACGGCGAGUCAACGCCUUUGCAUGCUCAGGAUCUAAUGCAGAUUGUCACAUCUUUACAAAAGUACUGCGCUCAUCUCGCUGAGACCAAAGUGGCGCCUGAAGAGGAUGCUGCCUACCUCAAGUGCAUGGAGCGCUUUGCUCAAGCCGUGCAAAUAGCGCUGUCCUCCAACUACAUUACGAAUCAUAUUCAACUGCUAUGCGUUCUGGAGACUCUGCCGCACCACGCACUAAUGAAAAUUGUGCUAGCUGCUCAUAAAAAACUAUAAUA